GAUACGGUAGUUUCUCCACGUAUAGGUGACUCCGUGCAAAUACCGUACAUAAUAUUCCGAGAAGAAAAACCUGCACGAGUUACGACAUAUUUCAAGAGGAUAUGUUACAUCCUUGCUAUCGAGGAUGAGAUAUUUGUCGUCGAAGAGUCGAAUAUUAUAUCUCGACGUUUGAGCCGAAAUUAUUGUGCCCCGCAUGAGAGCGAGAGCUUCUCAAAAUAUUCUAAGCUGGCCCCAAAACCCUGAGGAGUUGGCAAGCGACAGCUCGAGGAUCUGCAGCAACAGCUGCGACGAUUUUCCGAGGGCCAAAUGUGACAAAUCGGAUAGUUACACUUCAAAACCUGUGAGAACACGAGUAUAUCCCAAAUGUGGUGAUUUCGACAAUAAAGCGAUAAAUACUGUGGAAGUGCAAAGAAAUGGAGACUCUGACAGGAGUAAAUUGAAGGUUAGAGAGAACGAAUACUGGAGCAAUGUGCUUCGUAAUCAGUGGCUGCUAGCGUUACAAGGAAUUGUAAUAGUGAUCGUAAUUCUCACUAUGGGAACGUGGAUUGGACACGAGUGUAAAGAAGACAUCGUCGAGGACGGUCCACUGACACUGUGGCGUUUGUUUAUGGAACGAUUUCGAGAGACAAUUGUCAACGUGGGAACAGAGUUACGACCGUGUUACCAUACAGAAGCGGACACUCGACAAAAAAGAAGAGCGAGCAUCUUAAAGCGAAGGCGUGUAUUUUUAUGAACGGAUAAAUUAUAUUUUUUAUAAGAAGAAAGAAUGUUAAAUUAAUGAAUUUCGUCCUUGCACAAACUCUGUUCAUUUCUUCUAACAAAUAUCAGCGAGAGAGAGAGAGAGAGAGAGAGAGAGAGAGAGAGAGAGAGAGAGAGUUUCAUGUAUUUAAAAAACUAUACGUAAAAUUAACGCUAGAUUUUGGCGAAACGUCAGUGACAGCUUUACUACAACUUAAUUACAUGCCACAUUUGUGUACUUUAUCGACCAUUUAAAUGCCAUUCACAAAAUACAAAUAAGAUUAUCGUUUUCUUAAAUUUUCUACAUUGUCGUCCUCGUGUUCUUCGCAGAAGUAAUUGUCACAAUAAUAAAGCCACAUCGCCGUUGUGAAAAAUAAACCGAUAGGCACUAGAAACCAACGAUGCUGCCUACAACGAGCCAUCGCGUCAUUUGCAAUCCUACAAUUGAAUAUAUUGAUGAAAUGUUGUAUACAAAAAGAAACUUUUAAAUGUAAAAUAUGAUUAAUGAGUAAUUAAUGUGCAUUAAUAACAGAUUGUGUGUCCUGUACUUAAAAAAAAACGGAACUUAAUUAAGGAAUACCAAGCGAUUAACUCGACUGAAUCGGUUUUCAUUCCACGGGAUUUAAAUUGCGUUUUACAUAUUUUCCUCAGAAACUUUUCAGCCAGUUAUAAAAUUGUACUAUCUGUUCGAAGCGUAUAAAGGGCAAAUUUAUACAGUACUGUUCAUAUCUCAAAUUAUAAAUUUCCAGCGUAGAGUAUUUCUAAUUAGAAAAAACGAAGCCAAUUAGGGGAUGCCAAGAAGCAAAAUGGUAUGUUUCAAUUAAUAGUAUGCCGGAUAUUUAUGUUAUUUUGGUUAAAACAACCAAUGGAAAACACAGUAAUAAAACAUAAUAUGUAAAUGUAAUAUAAUAUUAUAAAAUAGA